AUGAGUGAGCAAAGCAUAAUCGGCGCCCGGGCUUCGGUCAUGGUGUACGACGAUGUACAGAAAAAAUGGAUCCCGUCCGGCAGCUCGUCCGGUCUCAGCAAGGUGCAGAUCUUCCACCAUCAGCAAAACAACACGUUCCGCGUCGUCGGCCGGAAGCUGCAGGACCACGAGGUCGUCAUUAACUGCUCGAUCAUCAAGGGCCUAAAGUACAACCAGGCCACGGCCACCUUCCACCAGUGGCGCGAUUCGAAGUUUGUGUACGGAUUAAACUUCUCCAGCUCGCAGGAUGCGGAAGCGUUCGCCCGCGCCAUGAUGCAUGCCCUCGACGUGUUGAGUGGACGAGUUCCACCACCGUCAUCGAUGCAAACGACCAACCCGAACCCAAACCAGAUGUCGUCGGCGUACGAAGAGGACAUGGGCUAUCGUACGAUGACCCGCGAGGAUGCGGCCAUCAUGCAACAGCAGCAGCAAAUCACAAGCCAGCCACCGGGUGUAGGACCUCCACAGCCACCAAACUCAAUGCCAGGCCCGGGUGGUGGCAUUCUGUCCCCACAAACGCCCACUUCACAGACGCUGCCCUCACAAGCCGGCCAGCAGCAGCAGACGCAUCAUCGUACAAAUAGUGCACCACCGGUUCCGCCAGCGCUACCGACACAGCAGGCACUGCAGCAGUCGCAACAACAGCAACAGCAACCACAGAAACCGAUCUAUGCAUCACAGCAGAGCAACAGCAGUACCAACAGUAUUACGUAUGGAACCAAUUCGCAGCAGUAUCCGCAACCCAUCUACGUAGCAUCGAAUCAAAACCAUCAAAUGCUGAACCAGCCGGUGUUGCCACCGCAACCGCCACAGCAACCACCAUCGUCACAACAGCAGCAGCAGCAGCAGAUACCGAUACCGCCGAACCUCUCGAACGGUUCGAUAUACGCGACGGCCACGUGCUCGCCGAGCGCGACCAGCAGCAAUCCGCCGAAUCCGAUCUACGCCGGCCAGCUCGUGUCGCAACAGCCGCAACCACCACCACCGCCAAUGAUGAUGCCACCGAACGGAUACGGACCACCGAACGGUGUCGGUGGUCCGUACGGUGUUGGGCAGCCGCAGUACGGCAUUCCACCGGUUCCUCAGAUGCCAAUGCAACCGCUGCAGCAACCACCGUCGCAGAUGCAGCAGACGAAUGCCCCUCCACCGCCACCAAUGAUGCCACCGAUGUUCUCCAUGUCGGCACCAUCUAAUGCACCGCAGCCGCCAGCACCGCCCAUGCCACCAAACCUAAGCCACGCGGGAGCUCCACCACCCCCACCGCCCCCACCCGGCGCCAACAUGCUUUCCUCGAAGCCGGGCGAAAUCAAUUCCUUGGCCCUCCAGUUGGCCAGUGCCAAACUGAAGCGCAGCCAACCCCCGAAGGGCUCGCCGGGAAUGGGUGGUGGCGGGGUCGGUGUGUCCUCCACCUCGUCGCUGACAUCCACCAGUGGCAGCAACGCCGUGUCUUCCACCGUGACGGAAAACAGCGGCAGCAGUACAUCGAGUGGAGGUAGUGGUAAUUAUGGAACCAUAGGACGAUCAUCAUCUGGCAUGGCGUCGAUGAUGGAUGAAAUGGCGAAGACUCUCGCUCGACGACGAGCGCAAGCGGAAAAGAAAGAGCCGGACUCUAUCGACGAUGGUGGUCCAGGAGGAUCAGGAGGCCGCCAACGAGCUUGGGAAAAAUCUAGUACUUUGCCACAUAAACUGGGCAGCAAUAAUGCCAGUGGGGCCGGAGGUAGCAAUUCCGGUAGCGGUGCAGGUGGUGCAAGUCUGAGCGGUUCCGAGUCACCGAAACCGUCACGAAAACGUUUUGGCAGUGCCAGCGAGGAGACGAUACUGAAGCAGAUUAAUGGUGGUGAUAGUUUUUCCCUUCCUACUGCUGUCGAGUUCGACAAUUUGAAGGAAGAAAUAUUGCGCGAAAUGCGCAACGAAAUUGCUAAGGCGAAACAGGAAAUCAUAGAAGCUAUCAAAUCAGAAUUCAAUCGCAGGUAA